AUGAGUGGCUGCUUCAAUGCUGAAGGCAGCCAUCGACAAUGGAAGCGCGGUAGCCGCCUCAAUCCGCAUGCUAUCAUCCCGCUUAGGAUCGGUCUGGCGCAGAGCAACAUCCAUCUUGGCUAUGAGAAGCUGAUGGAAGUGUCCGAUCCUUCGUCCGAAGGCUUUGGCAAGCAUCUCAGUCAGGACGAAGUUCACGAUCUCUUUGCCCCAACGCGUGAGACCUUCGACGCAGUCCAUUCUUGGUUGGUGGAGUCUGGGGUGAACGCGUCGGAUAUUCGCCAAUAUGUGAACAAAGGAUGGCUUGCCAUCGACCUGCCUGUUUCUCAUGUCGAGGACUUGUUCCAAACACAAUAUCACGAACAUGAGCGGGGAAACGAGCUCAAGAUUGGCUGCGAUGAAUAUUAUGUGCCAGCGCAUCUCUCGGAACACAUCGACUACAUCGUGCCCGGCAUCAAGUUAUCACCACCCAUGAUAAAGCGUUCUUUAGAGGAGCGUGCCGACACCAGCUCCCGCAGGUAUAGAAAGGGCUGGAGGCCGAAGCAGAUGCCGCCCGAUCUGUUGUCGUUGGUGAAGAAGCCCCCUACUGCCCCCAAGCUGCCAGCCGAUCUGCAGGACUGCGCCCGCAACUUCACUGCCGUCUGUUACCGUGCGCUGUAUCAGAUCCCAGACACCAACCACCCUGUCGCCGGAAAUGAGCCUGCAGUGUAUGAGAGCGGCGACACAUUUGCUCAGGGAGAUCUCGACUCUUACUUCCACAAAUAUGCGCCUUGGAUUGCCAAUGGCACACACCCCAAGGUCUUGUCCAUCGAUGGCGGUGAAGCUCCAGUGGCGCCCAAUUCCGAAUUCAAUACGGGGGAGUCGGACAUCGAUAUUACAAUCAUUCAAACAUUAAUCUGGCCCCAAACCAUGGUUUUGUACCAAGUGGAUGACCGUCUUUAUACCACCGCCAACAAUUACUCGGGCUUCCUGAACCAUUUCCUAGAUGCUCUGGAUGGAUCUUACUGCCACUCUACAGCAUUUGGUAUCACGGGAGACAGCCCGGGCAUUGAUCCGUCUUAUCCUGAUAACCGACCAGGCGGCUACAACGGCACGGUUCUUUGCGGUGCUUACAAGCCAAACAAGGUCAUUUCCAUCUCCUAUGGCGAGGGAGAGAUUGAUGUCCCAAAGAAUUAUUUCCUGAGGCAGUGCAAUGAGUGGCUCAAGUUAGGUCUUCAGGGCACCACGGUUCUGGUCUCUUCUGGCGAUUUCGGAGUUGCCAUGCCACCUGAAUCCGACACUGCAACCGGCUGUCUCUCUGGUUCAGGGCAGAACCAGACAAUCUACAACCCUGGCAACCCCGUGUCGUGCCCAUACCUGACCUCUGUUGGUGCGACCCAACUUGAGCCUGGCACAACCGUGCUUGAUGCGGAGGGUGCUAUGCAGACAAACCUCGGCCCCGGCGCCGAGCUUUUCGCUUCAGGAGGAGGCUUUUCAAACUAUUUCCCUGCACCAGACUACCAGAAGGGUGCAAUCAGCAAGUACUUUGCCAAGCACGAUCCGGGCCACCCUUACUAUGUCGCCAACGCCAAUGCGAGCAACCUCGGCGAGAACGGUGGCAUCUACAACCGUGCUGGCAGAGGCAUUCCCGAUAUCUCGGCGAAUGGCGCAAAUUUCCGCGCGUUCAACAACGGGACGGAGGGCCACUGGUUCGGGACAAGCCUGGCGGCACCUCUUUGGGCCUCUGUCAUCACUCUGAUUAACCAAGAGCGCGCCAAAAUUGGCAAAGGCUCUGUUGGAUUCAUCAACCCGGUACUGUAUGCGAACACAGACGCCCUUACGGAUAUCAAGCAAGGAUCAAACCCGAACUGCGGCACGAGCGGCUUUACCGCUGUGGAAGGAUGGGAUCCAGUGACUGGACUGGGCACACCUAAAUACCCAAACUUGUUGAAAUUGUGGUUGAAGCUUCCAUAG